GGCAUAUCUUUCUCAGUUUUGUUAAGAACAAAAACAAAAGAAAAUUUGGAAUUUAAUUAUAAUUUUCUUGUUUUUUCUUUUAAUUUCAUAAAAAAAAAAUUAUUUUAAAUAUAUUAACUUCCAGUUAUUAUAGUUGGUAUUUUCUUUUUUGGAAUUUAUUUUCAAGAAAAAUGGAUGCGAUGGAUAUACAAGCAGUAGAAUCAAAAUUAAGUGAUGUUACUGUUACACCAAUACCUAUGUCAGCAACACGUAAUAGUAAUUUAUUGAAUCAUCGUACAUCAACUGCAACAUCAUAUCAACAGCAAUUACCGCAAAUACAAAUUUCAGCAGUACCAAAACUUCAAUCCACAACAUUACAAUCUGCAAUACCAUUAAUAACAUCUUCGAAUAGAGGAUCAUCUUCAUCAAAUAUUGAUUCUUUGUCUUCAACAACAAUUGGACCAGCGACAAUAACAACAACAUCAGGAAAUAUAACGACACCAAUGACAUCAACAGCAAACAUUCCAGCUAAUUUGAAUACAUCAAAUGGUUUAUCAAAAUAUGCCCAACUUUUAUCUGUAAUUGAAGAAAUGGGACGUGAUAUAAGACCAACAUAUACUGGAUCCAGAAAUUCUACAGAACGUUUAAAACGUGGUAUUGUACAUGCACGUAUACUUGUCAGAGAAUGUCUUAUGGAAACGGAAAGAUCAGCAAGGCAAUAAAUCUAAAAAGGAAAAAAGUUUAUAUUUGCUAAUUUUUUGCCACAAUCAAGUAGAGAAAUUUUUUUUUUUCUACUUAAGAAAUGAAACCAAAUUUUAAAGAAAUUUGUGUGUUCAAAAAAUGCGUUUCCUUUUUUUGUAAAGAGACACGAAAAAAAGUUUAUAUAUGAAAUUCUUAUUUCAAAAAGUCAAAAUUAAACCAUACCAUAAAUAUUAGUUAGUAAUUUUUAAGUUUUUGUUGAAGAAAAGAAAAAUAUGCAAAUAAGUUUAUUAUUUAAGACAUUUAAUAUUAAAAUUUUUAAUUUUUUAUUGUUCAAAUUUUUUUUUUUGUUAAUUUUUAUAGUCACCUCUCAUCAGAUAUACUUCAAUUAUUAAAACGCAUACAAGUUCAAAUUAAUCUUUCAAUUGAAUUUUUAUUAAAUAAUAAAUUUUGCCUUAAACUUUAUACAUGAAAUACAUAGGAAAAAUAUUAUGCCAAAUUACUCAUAAUAUAAUAAAGCCGUCCAAGCAAUAAUAAAAACAUUUUCAGAUUGUUUCAAUAACUUAAUUUAAAAUAAUUACAUAUUAUACUUAUAUUUGCACUACUAAUUUAUUUUUAAUAAAAAAUAUGUGCUUCUAAGUCAAAUUCCCAUUUUUAAGUUCUUGAUCUAUUUUAUAAUCUUACACUAUUGGAUUUUUUUUUAGCUCUUAACAAAAUAAAGUAAUUUAAAUAAUAAAAACGAAACAAUUCAAAGUACAAAUAUUUAAAAAAAAAAUAAAAUUGCUUAUGUAAAUUUAAAUUAAAAAUAAAAUAAUAAAAGUUCAAAGAAGUGAUUUUGUAUACCAAAUAAAUAAAAACACAAAAAAAAAUACGAUUUUAAAAACGUAAAGAAUUUUUAAAGAAAACAAUAAUUUAUUUAAAAAUAAUAGGAAAUACAUACAAUAUAAUAAUUAAAUAUCGUAAAAAUGUAUACUAUUUUGAUAUGAAAAUAUUAAUAUAAAAUCAAUGAACUUGUAGAACUAGAAUUUAAAAUGAUUGCAGAACAGAAAUUUUUAAAAAUUUUUUUUUUUUUCAAUAAAACAAAUAUGAGUGUAGCUUUAAUUAGUUAAAUAAUAGUUAAUUUUAUUUAAGAAAUUUAAUUUAAUUAUUUUUAUGCCCAAAAUUUUAAUACUUUCAUAAUUAUUGUUUUUUUUUUUUUUAAUUUAUUAAAAGUUUUUAAUUUGAACCGUAUUCAUUUCCAUAAAAUUCUAAUUAAUAAUAACAUAUAAAAUAAACUUUAUUAAAAAAAAAUUAAAUUCAGUCA